CAAAUACUCAUGAUGACGAGAAUCCUCUUUUUAUUUAAAAAAAUGACAACCCACUCUCUCCUGUCCAUAGCGCCAAUCCGUGUUCUCUCCAAAUCUGCCGCCCACAGUUCCAUAAUGCAACCGCCGACCAUCCGCAACGUGGCGGUGAUCGGCGCCGGAGCCGCCGGCCUGGUCGCCGCGCGCGAGCUCCGACGAGAAGGCCACAAAGUCGUGGUCUUUGAGCGAGGAGACCAGGUGGGUGGCACCUGGGUCUACACUCCCAAGGUCGACUCCGACCCAAUUGGGGUCGACCCAGAUAGGACCGUGGUCCACUCGAGCAUGUACCAGUCGCUCAGGACCAACCUGCCGAGAGAGGUCAUGGGGUUCCGGGACUACCCAUUUGUGGAAAAGGAAGGAGAUGAAGAGAGAGACCCGAGAAGGUUUCCGGGUCACAGAGAGGUGUUGAUGUAUUUGAAUGACUUUGCUAAGGACUUUGGGGUUUAUGGGAUUGUGAGGUUUGAGACGGAGGUGGUGUUUGUGGGUUUGGUGGAGGGUGGGAAAUGGGAGGUGAAGACUAAGAGUAAGAGAGGUGAGGAUUUUGAUGAGGUUUAUGAUGCUGUGGUUGUAUGUAAUGGACAUUAUACUGAGCCUCGCAUUGCCCAAAUUCCAGGCAUUGAUACAUGGAAAGGGAAGCAAAUUCACAGCCAUAAUUAUCGUACGCCUGAACCAUAUCGAGACCAGGUUGUAAUCUUAAUAGGGAGCUCUGCUAGUGCUGUUGAUAUUUCUCGGGACAUAGCUGGGGUUGCCAAAGAAGUCCACAUUGCAUCUAGAUCUCUUCCUGAUGAAACCUUUGAAAAGAUGCCUGGCUAUGAUAACAUGUGGCUUCAUUCUAUGAUCAAUAGUCUCAAUGAAGAUGGUAGUGCCAUUUUCCCAGAUGGGAGUGUUGUCCAUGCUGACAUUAUUCUUCAAUGUACAGGGUACAUUUACGAUUUCCCUUUUUUGGAAACCAAUGGCACCGUGACUGUGGAUGACAACCGUGUGGGGCCACUAUACAAGCAUGUCUUCCCACCAGCCUUGGCUCCGUCACUAUCCUUUGUUGGGUUACCAUGGAAGGUUGUUCCUUUCCCCUUGUUCGAAUUACAAAGCAAGUGGAUAGCAGGUCUUUUAUCUACCCGAAUUACACUUCCAUCUGAAGAGGAGAUGAUGGAGGAUGUCAGAGCGUUCUACAGUUUACUUGAAGCUUCUGGCAUACCUAAACGAUACACUCAUAACAUGGGUGAUUAUCAGUUUGAAUAUGAUGACUGGCUUGCUGCUCAAUGUGGUUCUCCAGUAUCUGAAGAAUGGAGAAAGCAAAUGUACUUGGCAGUUUCAAAGAAUAGGCGUGCCCGACCAGAGAGAUACCGGGAUGAGUGGGAAGAUGACCAUUUAGUAUUGCAAGCUCGUGAAGACUUCAAGAAAUACACCUCAGUCAUGGAUAAGUGAUAUCAAAUUAUAUGUAUAAUCUUGUUGCGUUCCUUUCCUCUGGGAUAUGAUCAUGGUUAAAAUUGAGUUUUCUCAUUGUAGUGACCUGGGUUCAAGUCACAAUGUUGUAUUAUGUAAUUUUCCUUCUCAAUAAAAUGUCCAUGAUUUAAAAGUUGAUAAAUAAAAAUCAGGCUGCUUUCUUUGUUUGCAGUUUGCUGUA